AGGAGAGGGAGGAGUGGAGUGCAUACCUUCAGUUCUCGCCACCUUCUCAGUUCGACGACUCUUACGACUCAGUGUGGUCGUUCGUGUUGCUGCUCGUGUGUCCCUAUGCCUUUUGGAACGACGUAACGAUCUCCCUUUGUUGGCUAGGAGCAGACGGCCAAUUGAGGCUAUGGACAGGGCAGAGGCGGCCGGAGCUGAGUCGGCGGCAUGGUCAGUGGUGAUGCUGCUGAUGGCUCUGGUGGUGGUGGGUGUGCCGGCAGCAGACCUUAGUGAGGCGUGCCCGGGCAGCAGCUGGCUAAAAAGUGACGAGACAGGCAGCUGGUUACCUUCUUCCUCCGAAGAAGUGAGCACAAGCCGUGGACAUGUCCCAACUAUUACUACCAUGACAUGGGCCGCCCUCAGGGAGGAGGCUAGCAAAGUUGAUUUGGAACUGCCACAGGAUGGUCUUCCUUUGCCUAUGCUGACUUGCAACAUGCUUGCUCCCCCUUGUCAGCACGCCGAGAUCUCCAGCUUCCCCUGCAUGAUGGAGAGGCAGCGAGCCCUGUGCGUAACGGUGGGUAGGACGUGUGGGGCUGUGACGGUCAUCACGAAGGAGCCGAUGAGUUGUUGUUGUGCGAGGAGGAACAAUACCAUUGACAUAAGUCUGCAAAACACGUGUCCUUUUUCCAUAGAACGCACUGCAGGAAGAGCAAGAAGUGAAGGAAGUGAAGAAGGACUAGGGGAGAGACGAGGAAGGAAAGAACACACCUCUCGAUCAUCUGGCCUGCCUUCAUUGCAAGGAGAUCCGCCUGACAUUGACGACUACGAGGCUGUGGACAACACAACCAGCAGUGAGCGUGUGGAGGACUUAGGGGAGCUAACUGAAGAACAAAUGAAGGAAUCAACCGUUUUGGAGGACAUCAUUGCCGCCCUUGUCUUCCUCUUCGUCGGAGCUGUUUUAGUGCUCAUCAAAAGCCGAGUCUUUAGAUUAACAAAGAAGAAGCAACAAGAGGAGAGAGAAGUGGAGAGCCAAGAGACACUGGUGGACGAGACGAUAAUAUGACCCUCGAGAUGAUCUGGUCACUGGUGUUGUGUCUCAAGCAUUCACGUGUCAUACCACUGUGACUGAGAGAUUUGUGCUGUCACUUUCAUGGCAAAGAUCAAAGCCAGUGUUGGAUUACCGAGCCAUGACCUUGGAUAUGUUGUGUUGUCGCAGUGCUUGUUGCUACUUAACAGAGAGAGAAAAUGAUUAGAUUGUGUGCUUAACCAUAGCUCUCCAGUCGCUGAUCAUUUGUUGAGUGGCUUUGCUCGUCAAGAAAAUGAAUUGAAAGGACUUGGAUUCUUGGUGAUAAGUUGCUAAUUUGCUGACGGCGAAAGAAAUCGUCACACACACACACACACACACACACACACACACACAGCCAAGGGUGACGGGAGUAGGGUGGUCGAAUUAAGUGAGGCUACGAACGUAAUGACUGGAGCAAUUUGACAGGCCUUUGAAGCCCUGGAAAAAAUAUGUACGUAUAAAACUGUGUAAGCAAAUCAACAGGACUUUGAUCUCUCGGUCCACCAGAUAAUGAUUCAUCAACCUCAUCAUACUCGCACUCCACGCCUGUAUUGAUGAGACUAGAUGUAGUUUUUUAUUUUCUGUAUUUCUGUCAUGUAUAUUUGUUCCACAUUUUUCCCCUUGACAUGUAAUAUUUUGUGGUUAUGUAGUGUAAAUAGAUUUUGUAUAUUUAUUGAUUACGAAAACGAUCAAAGUGAA